GAGUCUCGGUUCGCAGCACCUUAUCAGGGACGUUCCUCGAAUUCCUGCUACUGAGGAACCUGUCCGACCCCGGGCUUCACUGCAACCACAUGGGGCAGUGCUGCCGGUGCUCCUGCCCGUGGCUGACGGCGCUGUGGGACAGGUGCUUCGAUAAGCGGAGGGACGUGGAGCCCGGCGGGAAGAGCGAGCCCUCCAAGCCCGAGACAGAAGACAUGGACCCCGUCCUCAAUCACACUCAGCCGGACCCUGCAGCUGGAGCUGCUGGAGCUGUGUACACGGCGCUGUGGAGCUUCGAGUCUCGGGAGGAGCACGAGCUGAGCUUCCAGGUUGGAGAUCGCUUCAGGAUCGUAAAGAGCAGCGGGGACUGGUGGACCGCGGAGAAGAUCGACAGCUCCGGGACGGUGCUGAACACCGGGAUCGUCCCCUACAACUACCUGGAGAUCGAGGGAGACGCGGUGGACUCGCAGCCGUGAGUAACGCGCUGUUUUAUUAAAUAGGAAGUUCGUAUUACUCAAACUAGAGAGUGAAAAUAAUGUGAAAUAAUAAAUUUAAAAAACUAGAAAAAGUUCGAUUAAAAGCUUUAGGUUAGCUUGAAAAAGCUCGCUAAUAACUUAAUAACAGCUAAAGAAAAUAGUAAAAUGCAAAUUUAUCAGCUAAGAGAACAGUGUCCAAAAUAUUUAGGUUAAUAAUGGAAUAAGAGAGAGAGAGAGAGAGAGAGAGAGAGAGAGAGAGAGAGAGAGAGAGAGAGAGAGAGAAGUAGAGUAAGAGGGGAAAAAAAUAAAGAAAGACAUAAGUAGAGGCAGAAAUGGAGAGAAAGAAAAAUAGAGAAAAAAGGGAGAAGUAGAGAGAAAUGGGACAAGUGGAGAGAAAGAGAAAUAUGGAGAGAGAAAGAAAGAAAAUUUGAGAGAAAGAAGUAGAGAGAGAGAGAGAGAAAUAGAGAGUGAGAGAGGGAAAGAAAUAAAAAGAGAAUUAUCAGUAGAGAGAGAAAGAGAUGAGGUUAUGUAGUAGUUAUAUAUGGUGUGAUAUAUAUUGUUUCAUUCUAUAGACUACAGACAACAUUUCUCCCAAAUUCCAAAUAAAAAUAAAAAUAGAAAAAAAAACAGAAAAAUCAGAAAUGUCUGAAUGAAAUGAAAUGAAGCAGAGCUUUCAGACCUCAAAUAAUGCAAAGAAAACAAGUUCAUAUACAUAAAGUUUUAAGAGUUCAGAAUUAAAUAUUUGGUGGAAUAACCCUGGUUUUUAAUUACAGUUUUCAUGCAUCUUGGCAUGUUCUCCUCCACCAGUCUUACACACUGCUUUUGGAUAACCUCCCACUUAUGGUGCAAAAUUCAAGCAGUUCAGCUUGGUUUGAUGGCUUGUGAUCAUCCACCUUCCUCUUAAUUAUAUUCCAGAGGUUUUCAAUUUGGUAAAAUCAAAGAAACUCAAUUUUCUUCAUAUAUUUCAUAUAUAUUUCUGGGACAAUAUACUGUCAAAUCAAAAUAGCUAUUGUGACAGGCCUAACCAUGUGUAACAUAUCAGUGUAUGUCCAUCUUUUAUAUAAAUUGCAUUCAGUGUUGAUUUAUCGAAGUUAUACAUCAGGGCAUAUUAUAGGGAAAUAUAAUAAGAUGUCAUAUAGUGAUAAAGUACAGUGGUAACUUAACACUCUUUGAUACUGUGUGUAAUAGUGUAUUAACCCUUUUACAUACAUUUUUUCAUUCAUAGUUUAUUUAUCUUCAUCAUUAGUUCUUCCACUUUCAAAUUAUGAAAGUUAUUAAUGGAUGUUAAUCGGUCAGCUUAAAUUACAAUAUCAGCUUAGUUUGCAGUUUUAGAAUUCCUUUGUGUAAUCUAUUCCAUUUAAAAAGCACACAGUUAAAUAAAUAUCAAUUUCAUAAUGACACAAAUCCAGGAUAUGAAACUGAUUUGGGUACUGAAACUGUGCACUUCAUUAUAAAAUCUAAUAAUCUAGUAAUCUUCAUGCUGGCACUGUUUAUUCU